AUGCCGGCACCUGACCCCACUGAAACAAUCUCCAACUGGGACUUCUCGGCGGUGUUGGAGUUGCUGAACUCACCCGCCUACACUGGCUGCUCGGCCCCGGCUCGGCAUUCCGAUUCCCCGGGAUUCUCGUCAUUCCCUGAGGGCCAGUCUGGCCAUGAUGUUAGUCAACCCACGGCCGUCAAGCCUCAGCGGAGCUACCCAAAACUUGGUGACUUGGGUACCGUCUGGGACUUUUUGAAUCAGACCGGUUCCACCACCCAACCGAAUCGCGAUGAGCAGGGUCCUUCUCCUGCUGUCACCAUCCUCAAACGCUCUUCCAACAACCAUGCCUCCGGCGAUGACUCCCACGCAAAGCCAUCCUCCCGAUCUCUUCCCGUCUCCAAGGCGUCAAAGCCUCGAGUCUCCAAGGACACCGUCUCUGGUUCCUCGUUACAUUCAGCCACCCGGUCUGAAGCGAUCACUAUUUUAAAGCGGGCUUCCGACAGCAAGCCCACCAAACAUAAUGCCUCUGUGACAUCACACCCUCCGCGAACUCCUCCGAAAGCGAUCCCUCGUGCUGGCUCUGACGACGACACCCCGAAAGUCAAGUCGAAGACAAGAGCCGGUAGGCAAGCGACCAACACCACAAAGGCCAAUGAAAUUAUAUCCUCAGAAAGCAGUGCCGAAGUAGAUUCGGACUCUAGCACCAUCAUUUUCGACCGCACUCUCACCAAGAAGCCCGGAGUCCUGGCGUUUGUCCCGGCUCAGGUGGGCACACUGGACGCAAAUCACACGGCCUCCGAUACACCCCCCUCUUCAUACGAUGACCCAGACUCGUCUUGGAAUUUUGACUCUUCGGGAACAAUCCGAGUUCGACCCGCUGCAUACAAAUCGACGACGGAACGGAGGGUCGGGCUGAUGACGAAGCUGCUCAAGGAGUUUCCCGAUUAUGCCAAACUGGUGUCCCAGGUUGGACGAUCUGCAAGCCCCAGCAAGAGAAGUCCCCAGUCACGCCCGAUCCAUGUCUUCGUCGACAUGUCCAAUGUGCGUUUCGAGCUUCCCGCAUGCGUUUCUUGUCCAUGUGCUAACACACCCCUCAAGAUUAUGGUAGGAUUCCACGAUUCGGUAAAAGCAUCGCGGAAUAUCCCUAUCUCCAGUCGCAUCCGGCGCGUGCACAUGUCCUUUGUCAACCUCUCUUUAAUCCUGGAACGGGGCCGUCCUGUAUCCAAACGAGUGCUCGUCGGCUCUGACCGACUACCUUCCAUCAACGAGGCCACAACCCUCGGCUACGAAGCCAACAUUCUCAACCGUGUCCACAAGGCCAAGCACCCAAGCACCCGCCCGUCCAAGCCCCGCAAGGUAGUCUCCGGUGGACCUGAAACGGCCACCACCUCUGGAGAGCGAUGCGUUGAGCAAGGCGUGGACGAAAUUCUGCACCUGAAGAUCCUGGAGAGCCUGCUGGACACGGACGAGCCGGCGACGAUUGUGCUGGCGUCGGGCGAUGCGGCGGAGGCAGAGUUCUCCGGUGGUUUUAUGCGUAUGGUGGAGCGCGCGCUGCAGCGCGGCUGGAUCGUGGAGCUGGUUAGCUUCUCGCAGGUCACUAGCAAUGCGUAUCGAAGGAAAGAGUUUCGGGAGAAAUGGCGAAGUCGCUUUCGUCUGGUGGAGUUGGAUGGGUAUAUUGAGGAGCUCUUUGACUAG